CCCCCGGGUAGAGGAGAAGCCUGCGGGGAGACUGGGGCGGAGCGCGGGGUGGCCCUGGUGCCCCGAGGCGAUGGCCGAGGACCGAGAUGUUCGAUUUGUCACCGAGGAGAGCUUCGACUUCGGUGUGCUGUCCCCAUCUGACAGCCAGGAAGAAGAGGAGGCUGAGGACAGCCCGAGCGGGGGGUGCCGGCACGGGGGCGGCAACGGGCGCUGGAGUCCCCUGCGUGGGGCCCGUCUGGAAGAGAUGGUGCGGGAGGCCACGCGCCUGGCGGCACAGUUGGAGGGAUGUCUCCUGCCCCCUCCCGACCCCGGAGACCUCUCGGGACCCGCCACCACGCCCCCCGGCACCCCCCGCAGCCCCCGCCGCCAGACCUUCGUAGUGAAGGACAGCCCGGUGCGGGCGCUCCUGCCCAUCGUGGAGUCGCGGGGACCUGCCCUCAUCCCCAAUCUCCCCGCCAAGCCCCAGGGGGCAUCCGCUGCUACCAGUGGCCCCAGGGCACCCCCCAGCCGUAGUUCCACAGCAGUGGCGAAGGGACCCUCAGGAGGCAGGGGGCUCCCCCCUAGCCGCGUGGGCCUUUCCCGGCCAUGCCCUCCCCAGAGGCAGGGGGCUGGUACCCAGGGCAGGUCAGACCCCCCCCGGGGGGGGAUAGCAGGCCAGCCUAAGGCAAGGGGGGGCACAGUCCCCUGCCCCCCCCACACCUGGCAGCCCCACACCAGGACCACCACUACCCCUGUCCCCUCUGGCUGUUCCCCAGCACCCACUGCCCUCCCCAAGGUGUCCCCUCGGACUCCAGCAGUGGGUGGGAAGACCCCCCUCUCCAGAGGUGUGGGGCCGGCACGGCCAGCCCCCCUUACUGCUACCUCGGGGUGCAAACCAGGAUCCCCCCCUGCCCGCCUGCGGCCCCCCCGCAAGACGGCAGUGAGCAGCACCCCGAGGUGACACCCCUAAACCACCCCAUACCCACCCAGAGGCCCUACGGACAU